CAGGCAAGCGGUCAGAGUCAGACCCUCGGGGUCAAGUGAGCGGUUCAAAACAUCUCGUCCACGAGUGUGUGUUUGAUUGUAAUCGCUCCUGUCAUGCCCUUAUGUUAUUUGGGCCCAGCCUCGGGGAGCUGUUCGUCAUUGAGUCCUCCAGCGCCGUCGGACAGCACUGAGGUAUACAGCCGAGGACACACAGGGGCUAGCCGGGAACGCGUGGCUCAAGGAGACCCUCUGAUUGAAUAACCGAGGUCUGGAUAUAAGUGGUGGUGUGAAAAUGGUCGAGAAAGUGGGCCACAUUAAUGUCGCCAUGCUGGACGACAUAAGCCCCAAAAACGGACUGAAGGGUCCCACUUCAACCUUCAGCUCUGCACCCUGUAGUGCCACUGUCAGCUUCCACAACAUCCAGUACAAAGUCCAGCUGAAGAGCGGCUUCCUCUGCAUCGGGAAGAACAGCCGUGUUACCCGGGAGAUACUGGUGGACCUCAAUGGGGUCAUGAGACCCGGGCUGAAUGCCAUACUGGGACCCACUGGGAGCGGGAAAUCCUCGUUCCUGGACAUUCUGGCAGCCCGGAAGGAUCCGGCGGGACUGUCCGGAGAGGUUCUGAUAGACGGAGUGCCUCAGCCGCCCAACUUCAAGUGUCUGUCAGGCUACGUGGUUCAGGACGAUGUGGUGAUGGGCACGCUCACGGUCAGGGAGAACCUGCGCUUCUCCGCAGCGCUGCGGCUGCCCAGCUCCGUCUCGCAGGCCGAGAAGGAGGCCCGGGUCUGCCAGCUGAUCAGAGAGCUGGGGCUCACCAAGGUGGCCGACUCCAAGGUGGGCACCCAGAUGAUCCGGGGGAUAUCAGGGGGGGAGAGGAAGAGGACCAACAUUGGCAUGGAGCUGAUCAUGGACCCGUCCGUGCUGUUCCUGGACGAGCCCACCACCGGCCUGGACGCCAGCACCGCCAACUCUGUCCUGCUGCUGCUCAAAAGGAUGGCCAAUCAGGGACGGACCAUCGUCAUGUCCAUCCACCAGCCGCGCUUCUCCAUCUACAAGCUGUUUGACACCCUGACCCUGCUGGUGGGAGGCAAGAUGGUCUACCAUGGACCCUCAGUCGACACCUUGGACUACUUCACUAAUAUUGGCUACACAUGUGAGCCUCACAACAACCCUGCAGACUUCUUCCUGGAUGUGAUCAAUGGAGACUACCACGCUUCUACUCUUGCCAAGAUGCAAGGCACUGAAGAGGUGGCGGUGGAGGACCUGCGCAGCUGUAGGCAGAGCGUGGAGGACCGCCUGGUGGAGGACUACCAGACCAGCAGCUGCUCCGCCGCCACGCGGGCCGAGCUGGAGCGCAUCGUCCAGGGGAAGCACCGCAAGGCGUCCUGCAGGGGCGCUGCCGCCGCACGCACCGUCACCUACAACAGCUCCUUCUGCCACCAGCUCCACUGGGUCCUCAAGAGGACCUUCCGGAAUCUCCUGCUAAACCCUCAGACCUCUGUGGCCCAGGUGGGAGUCAGCCUCUUCCUGGCACUCAUCGUAGGGGCCAUUUUCUUUGGGGUCAAGAACGAUCAGAGUGGCAUCCAGAACAGGAUGGGCGCUCUGUUCUUCAUCACCACCAACCAGUGUUUCAGCAGCGUGUCGGCCGCGGAGCUCUUCAUCUCAGAGAGGAAGCUCUUCUUGCACGAGUACAUCAGCGGAUACUACAGAGUCUCCGUGUACUUCCUGUCCAAGGUCCUGUCGGACAUCUUUGUCCUGCGCACCAUCCCCGCGGCCAUCUUCAGCGUCGUCUCCUACUUCAUGAUCGGGCUGCAGGUCUCGGUGGAGGCGUUCUUCAUCUUCAUGCUGACGGUGACCCUGGUGUCGUACACGGCCACCUCCAUGACCAUGGCCAUCUCGGCCGACCAGAGUGUGGUGGCACUGGCCAACCUCUUCAUCACCAUCGCCUUCGUCUUCAUGAUGAUCUUCGCAGGGCUGCUGGUGAACCUUCCCAGCAUCAUGGACUGGCUGGCCUGGCUGAAGUACUUCAGCAUACCCCGUUAUGGCCUGGCGGCCCUCCAGAUCAAUGAGUUUGUGGGUCUGCGGUUCUGCGACACUCAAGACAUCUGGACCACCAACUCCUCCUCUCCUGGGAAUCACAGCAGCCCCCCCGCUGGGCAAGUGUGCACUGGGGAGCAGCAACUGGACUACCUGGGCAUCAAGUACAGCCACUGGGGCAUGUGGGAAAACCACCUGGCUCUGACCGUCAUGAUGGCCAUCUUCCUUAUCAUCGCCUAUCUCAAACUCAGAUUCAUCAAGAAAUUCACCUGAAAGUGUCCUUGUGGUAGAGUAGAAGUGGCAGUUAGCCAACAGUCUCUUCCAAAUCUCUUGCCCCUUAGGAAACAUGCCUGUAUGCUGCACUUGUUUAGAUCCUUUUUUAUAUGUGAAGAAUACCUGAAUUGUUCUGUUUUGUUCUUUAAAUGUUUUUGCAUUGUUCUCUAAAUUGUUAGUUUGUUAUGUUCACAGAAAAGUCAAAGUAUUAGUUGUUUGAAUGACAUCUGCUGCAGUUUAGUAGCCAUUUCGAUGGUUCUUGAUUAUCAUUUUGUAUGUGAAGUUUGUUAAACUGUUUUUUUAAAUCAUGUAGAUGUUUAUACCCUUGUUCUUAAAUGUGUCAAAGAUUUUAUAAUCAGUAUUAAAAUUCCUCACUGCCAAGUAUUCAACCACUUAUAA